CGGCAGUGUCAGGGUCACCAAUAAUUUCCAUAAAAUCUAACCACAUCUUACCGCAUGGAGUCCAGCUCGUUCUGUACAGACCAGUCGAACUUGGGCCGUCUUAAAAUGAAAUGGACACAGGUCUUUUUCACUUUGAGUCUGACAGUAGGCGGUGUAUACACUGACACUACUGUCACCAUCCACCCUCAAUGGCUGGCACAGGGAGGAAGCGCUCACUAUGAUAGUAAUAGAUGGAACAAGCACAAUAACCUGGAUCAAGCAUUCCUCAUUCCAAAAUGUCGGAGCAUUCGGACUGAUAGUGGACGCUGGAGUGACAGAGAUUAUAACGGUCGUCUCUUCCUAGAUUGGCCAGAGGACCCAAACCGUAGUGGCUACCCUGACCCCAACCAUCUGAAGAACGUCACCAAACAGAAGGAACUGUUCUCCGCGUACAUUGAGAACAUCAACAGUGGUUAUGAGAACGACAUGAUCAUGAUGGCGGAAGCUCUGUUUUACCCGAGUUGGAUAGACACGUCUGAACACGAUGGUCAUUUCCCAAACAAUGUCGAUGCUGCUGCAGAGUUCAUGAUGUUGAUGGUGCAAGGAGUGUAUGACUACACCAAAGGACAGAUGGUUCCACCCUACUUUGAGCCCAUAAAUGAACCGGAUGGUAAAUGGCAUAUCCUGAAUUUCACGACUAUCAACAUCUUUCACAAAUUAGUUGCAGAGAAACUCCAUGCCAGAUUUAACAUCAAAGUUGCUGGUCCUACACUAACCGAAGAAACUGGACAUUCAGAUGUAAACGACUUUUUGUAUUGGCACAAAGUAGCAAAUUUCAUGGACGUCACUUUAGGCUAUAUUGACGUAUUUUCUUUUCAUGCGUACAACACACUGGUUGCUUCGGGGAAAUCUCACAAUUUUACUGGAAUAAAUGAAGCACGUCUGAUAGCAUUUGUCGACCUGGUUGAAAACUAUGCUUUUCAGAAGACCGGCAAGAUUAUCCCCCUUGUUAUCAGUGAAUAUGGUCGCGGCGGCAUCAUAGGACGUGAUAAAUUUGCUCCAUCGCCUAUAGUGGACUUUUCAACAAUAUACCAAGCCAAUGCACACAGAUUUACCCAACUAGGUCUCAGGGAAUAUAUUGACAGAGCAGUGGUGUUUCUUUUAGCAAAUGAAGAAUGGCCAGGACGUUAUAGUCUCAACUAUUCACUUUUUACACUUCAAGGAAACGCCACACGUAUUGUCGACGUCUACGAGUUUUGGUAUAAAUUCACGUCAGACUUCUCCUUCUUAAGAACAACCAGCCAAUAUGAUGGAGCGGAACGAACGGUGUCGCCGUUGGCAAUGUCCAGUCCAUUGAUUAACGAAACCGUCAUUCUCUUGCAUAGCUAUUCUCGGAUGGCACAGGCGGUCAAGUUAGUUUUUCAAAAGAACUGGAUCACACCAACCACUGGAGAAGCUACUUGUAUCACACUCAAAGACGACUGGUUCCCAGUCAUCACCUUCAAUGAACCCAUCAACAUCCAGAAAACUCAAGGAGUGGUUGAACUUCCUCCUGAAGCAACGUGUCAGUUUACAUUCAAGAUCCCUUCCAACAAACUGCCUUCAGUCACUCUCAACGAAACCACAUUCUACGGCGUUGAUAUGCUUUUACCAAUCAAGGGCAACGUCACUGUGACAGCAAUAAAUCUACCAAGUAGCCAAUUUUACAGUGCAAGACUGAGAGUUUCAACCAGUUGGCCGAUCAAUGAAACAAACAGUGUAUCACAUCUUACCUUUAACCUCCAUCCCCUGGACUCUUUCUUUAAGCUGUAUGAUUCCGACAAGUUUACCAGCACCACCUAUUGGCAAGUUUGGGAGUUUGUAGUCCCUACCUCACUGUUUGCCACCGGGCCUAACCUGGUACAGGUUCACUUCUCCAAAAACAUGACAGCGGGAUAUGUUUCUUCAGUAGCUCUUGUCGCAGCCAAGCUUGUCCCAUCUGAUUUGAAAUCAUGAUAAUGAUAAUAAUUCUGACAAAUUUCUCAAACUUUGAUAAUUAAACAUAUUCCACCAAUG